AUGCUGCUCUGGACGGUUGUGCUGUUCUUCGUUCCCUGUGUUGGGAAAAUGGUCCGGCUGAACCUCCAAGCCUGGCCAAACCCCGUGUUUGAAGGAGACAUCCUGACUCUGCAAUGCCAGGGAAUGAGGAACACAGCCCUGUCCCAGGUGAAGUUCUUCAAAGACGGGAAAUUCCUCCAAUUCUCUGUGGACAACAACUCUCUGCUAUUGGGGACAGCAACAGUGAAGGACAGUGGCCAGUACACGUGCACUGGGCAUGUGAAGUAUAAUCUAUUCAUGACCAGAGAAGGCUCAGGGACCACCCUGGUUCAAGUCCAAGAGCUCUUCCUGCCUCCUGUGCUGAGUGCCAUUCCCUCUCCUGAGCCGCAUGAGGGGAGCCCGGUGACCCUGAGAUGUCAGACGAAGCUGCAUCCCCAGAGGUCGUCCUUGCAGCUCUUCUUCUCCUUCCACAAGGAGCGGCACGUCUUGCAGGACAGGGGCCUCCACCCAGAACUCUGCAUCCCAGAAGCCCAGGAGGGAGACUCUGGGCUUUACGGGUGCGAGGUGGCCCCUGAAGGUGGCCAGGUCCAGAAACAGAGCCCCCAGCUGGAGAUCAGGGUGUGGGUUCCUGUGUCCCCACCUCUGCUCACCCUGAGCCCUGGGCCCACGCGCCUCACUGUGGGAGACAUGGUAGAGCUUCUCUGUGAGGCCCAGAGGGGUUCCCCUCCGAUCCUGUACUCGUUCUACCUCAACGGGAAGAUCCUGGGGAACCACUCAGCCCCCCACGGUGGAGCCACCUCCCUCCUCUUCCCGGUGACAUCAGAGCAGGAUGCUGGGAACUACUCCUGCGAGGCUGAGAACAGUGUCUCCAAAGAGUCAAGUGCGCCCAAGACACUCUCCCUGGAUGGUCCUCUGGUCUUGUCCACCCCCAUCAGCAACUGGCUGGUUCCUCUGCUACCUGCAAGCCUGCUUGGUGUGAUGGUCAUUGCCGCUGCGCUUCUGGGUUAUUUCAGACCCUGGAGAAAAACCGGGCCCCUUCCAUCCCAGAAUCUGCCCCCAGCUCCAGGUGGAGAGCAACACCCACUGUAUGCCGAAGUUCAUUACCAGAAUGAGAAAGACGAAGGUGUUAUCUAUGCUUCAGUGUGUACAAACUCAAAGAGUGAAGCCAGGCCUGCUGAGUCAACCUCAAGGGAAGAGGAUAGUUCUAUCAUCUACGCUGAGGUAAAACGCCCACAGCUCUGUGAGGUUCCAGUCAAGCGGCCGACUAUGAGAAGCAGGACCUACAAAGAUCCUCUUGGUGACCGUGAGGAGGUCUUCUACUACUGA